AUGAACAUCGACAGUGUGCUCGUCACUGUGGGCAUGGGCCGUUACCAGUUCGCGGGCUGCGUGCUUUUUGGCCUCAUGAUCAUGUAUUCGAACGUGUCUCCGGUUACCUACGUCUUCACCGCCGGUGAUUUGAAAUACAGGUGUAUGGUACCGGGAUGUGACUCCCCAGACCCGGCCGAACGGACUUACGAUCCGGAAUGGUUGCGGUUCACGACGCCAUUCCGGGAAGACACAGGACUUCCGCGCAAGUGUCAGCGGUAUUCCAGGAAUCCGACCAAUGGUACGAGAUGCGCGCCUGGAGACUUCGAUAGCAACGCGUCGGAAUUGUGCCAUGACGAAUGGGUGUUCGAAGACAUCGAGAACACCAUCGGCACGGAGUUUGGACUCAUGUGCGAGGAACAAAAAUGGAAGCUGUCGAUGGUGGGCACGGUCAACAACUUCGGUCAGUUUAUCGGCAUACCCGUGACUGGAAUCAUUGCUGACAAAUUUGGUCGAAAGUUUGCUAUGGUAUUUUGUGCUGUUACAUCGGCCAUAAUAUCUAUCAUUCAGUCGUUUUCGGUCAAUUACCAGAUGUUCUUGGUUUUGGAAUUGUUGACAUCCAUCGUUUCUAGCGGUGUUUAUACAGUCACCUUCGUAUUAGCGAUGGAGUUGGUGCUUCCUAAUCACCGAGUACUAUACUAUUCGAUUCUGGAAUGUUUCUAUCCCAUUGGUGCCAUAUUGGUGGCUUUUAUCGCCAGCAUAGUGAAAGACUGGAGGCUUUUGUUGCAGAUAUCCAACAUCCCGGGCUUGCUGUUCUUGUCAUACUUUUGGCUAACAGAAGAAUCAAUGAGGUGGUUGGAAAUGCAAGGCAAACACGACAGAGUGAUCGACGUGCUCAAGAGAAUAGCUGGUAUUAAUAGAAAGUCUUUACCUGUACUAAGUCCUAACGCACAAAUAGAGACGACAAAUUACGACGACGAUAACGACGCGAAAUACGUUAAUAUCCUAAAAGACGUGAUCGGCUCACCAACAAUAUUAUUUAGAUUGAUCAGAUGUUCACUCGUGUGGAUAGCGAUAACUCUGGUAUACUACGGGCUGACAAUAAGCGCGGCUGACAUCGCCGGCGACAAGUAUCUGAACUUCUCGUUGGCAUCGUUCGUCGAGAUUCCUGCCUGCCUGUUGAACUGGUUAAUUAUGGAAGGGUUUUCCCGAAAAAUGUCGUUGUCCUGCAUGUUCAUCUUGAGUGGUUUCACCAGUGUCCUGUACAACUUAGUGCCGGACUCAUUCCUUCUAAUUAAGUUAUCGAUAUUCUUGAUCAGUAAGCUCGCAAUAUCCGUCGCAUUUUGCGUCAUCUACAUGCUGACGGUGGAGAUAUUCCCAACCAGAAUGCGAGCGACCCUGUUAUCCGUGUGCUCUAUGAUCGGUCGGGUCGGAUCCAUGUUGGCGCCACAGGCCACGCUGCUGGCUGAAUACUUUGGCAGUUACGUGACCAUGCUUGUGUUUGGUGUGACGGCGCUUGUGGCCGCCGGGAUCACCAUGACUCUUCCGGAAAGCAAAAACAUCAAGUUGCCCGACACCAUCGUCGAAGCCGAACGGAUCGGGAUCGACCGCCUGCUACCAGAAAACAUCGAAAACUCUUAG